AAUAUGAUAAGUGACAAAGCAAAUGAGUCCACAGGAUGACGAAAACUACGACGGAAGAAACGCAUGCGCAAUUUCGUCUUUCGAUCUAAUAACCUAACUUUAACAUUCAUCGUAUCUGAGGAAUGUCAUUGCGAACACUUCCUAAUAAAAUAUAAAAUAGCCAGUAGCGAAAAAGAAAAGUGGAAGAACGAGAAGUUUCAUAAUUGUGAACAACUUUGAUAUAAAAUUAUUAUAAAUGUUACGUAACUUUAUUGGCAAUGUUUCACCGUGGAAGAAGAAUCUAUUCAAAAGGUAUAACAUAUCACAGGCUAUAUUUAAUGUUAGACAUAAACAGAAUUUAGCUAAAGUUGAUGAUGAUGAAGAAGAUAGCCGUCCCAUCAAAUAUUCUCUAUCAAAAGCUGCUCAUAUGAGAGUUGACGAAUAUCGUAUUCCAUAUGAAGAUAAGGAACCUAGAUAUCAGUCAGUACUUGUAACAUUAAGUUUAAUUGCCUUUUUGGUUUAUUUCUGUAUCUUAAGAGAAGAGAAUGAUAUUGAUGACCUAAUUUAUGUUGACUUAGAAACUAGUCUAAAUCGAUGUGAAACAGAGUAUAACAAAAAGAAGGCUGCUAAACUUGCAUUAAAGUAGAGAACUUGAACUUAUCAUAGAUAUUACCAUACUAUUAUCAUAGAUACUACAUAGACUAUUGUUAAUUUUAUGAAAUAAUUUCAUUUAUUAUGCAAAUACAAUAUUUGUUCGUUA